CAAUACAGGGUGUGAGGUUUAUAUUGGGUUUUGCAUUUCAAUAGAAUCAGAUUCAAACUGCUGCGUGUCGCUCUGACAACCUUAAAUUUUGCUUCUUUCUCUGCCAGAAACGCAUGAAGGAUCAAAAUGGCUGCCGUUUUUCGCUUUAUUGGUUGGUAAACAAAAACAUGUGAGAGUGGAAGAAUAUAUGGAGUUGGGGUGUGGGUUUUACACUAAAGUUAACAACUUUCGUCGUUUUGGGGGGCUUUGAGAGAGUGCCAUGGUCAUGGAGGGAAGAAUCUGCGAGGAAUUAACGCCCAGGUAUUAUGCUCUUUGUGCCAUUGGAGGAAUGCUCAGUGCUGGCACCACCCAUCUUGCCAUCACUCCCUUUGAUGUCUUGAAAGUUAACAUGCAGGUGCACCCAAUUAAGUAUUACAGUAUUUCCUCUUGCUUUACUACCUUACUAAGGGAACAAGGGCCAUCUGUUCUUUGGAAAGGUUGGACCGGCAAGUUCUUUGGCUAUGGUGCUCAAGGAGGAUGCAGAUUUGGUCUCUACGAGUAUUUUAAAGAGGUUUAUUCCAACGUGUUGGUAGACCAGAACAGGAGUUUUGUUUUCUUUCUUAGUAGUGCGUCUGCUGAAGUGUUUGCCAAUGUAGCUCUAUGUCCAUUUGAAGCUGUUAAAGUGAGGGUUCAAGCACAAACCUGUUUUGCUAAGGGAUUGUAUGAUGGCUUUCCAAAGUUAUAUGCAUCAGAAGGCACACGAGGAUUCUACCGUGGACUAAUUCCACUUUUGGGUCGAAACAUUCCAUCAGUUUCCAUGGUUAUGUUCUCAACAUUUGAGCAUUCCGUUGAUUUUUUGUAUCGGAAUGUGGUCAAAAGAAAAAAGGAGGACUGUUCAAUAGGUCAACAACUUGGUGUAACAUGUUUAGCUGGAUAUGCAGCUGGAUCUGUUGGUAGCUUCAUUUCUAAUCCGGCUGACAAUAUUGUAUCUUCUCUUUAUAACAGAAAGGCUGAUAGUCUUGCACUGGCUAUCAGAAAUAUUGGGCUAGCCAAUCUAUUUACCAGGAGCCUUCCUAUUAGAAUGUUGCUAGUUGGUCCUUCUAUAACUUUGCAAUGGUUUUUUUAUGACACCAUCAAAAUUUUAGGUGGAAUGUCAACUAGUGGUGGAGUUAGAACUGACAUGAGAGGAAAUGGGGCAGGCUAGAUUCAGAAAAAUGGAAAUCUGCAGUUACAUUUUUCAGGCUGACUUGUGUAUUGCAAGUCAUUUUAUACUAUAUACAGGGUUAGUUUUGUGGUGGCUUUUGCUUUCUGCUACCAUUUAGUCCUUUUGAAUUUGUCAUUAUAGGCUUUCAUUGAUGCCUUUGAAAUUUGCUUUCCAAAAAGAACGAGGAGCCCAUUUAUAUUCUCACGUGUACUAGCAUAUUAGGUGUUGCACAUAACAAAAGAAAAUACAAAUUUACUUGCAAUGCUUGUGCUGGCAAUUUACCAGUUAAGGUUUUAUCCAUGCCUCAUGGCGCGCCACACUCGAUUUUA